AUGAGCAACUCGACUGAAUCAUCGCUAUACAACUUUGCGCUUCCCACACCGCCAUCUCCACCACCAGAGCCAGAGACAUUCAAUGAAAAACCAGUGACACAACAAAGACAACAGCAAGCAACACAGAUUGCGAAACGUUUACUAGCAACUCGCCCUCUUAUCACAAAAUGGGCCAGCGUCAUUCAAAGACUACUCAAAGAACUCGACGGUCGUGAUAAAAUCAUGAAGAUUAUUCAGUACUUUAUCAAAAUUUUAUUGCAUUACAAACUGGUCAAAGCAAAGCAGUUCUCUACGAUCACCAGCCAUUUCUCAAUGACUCGUAAAUUAUUGAGAUUAGGUACUGCCAUUGGCCCCAUCAGAGAAUUAUCACCCCUUAAAAACUCCAUUCCAUCGACGCUCAUCACACUCAAUGCAUUGGUCAAUAAUAUCUCGGACGACGUCUUUUGUUUGUAUAAAUUAGGUGUAUUUGGCUCAAAAUUGGGUGCUAUCUCAGAGAAAGUUUCGGCUUACUGUUGGUUUGCCGGCAUCCUGAUUGAUUUACGAGAGGGUGCUGUGAACAUGUCGAAAUUACAAGCCAAAGCAGCUAUAGACAAGGAUGAAAAAAACGCUGAAUUGAAGCAAAAGAUCUACGUUGCUGAAAUUUCCAUCAUCAAACUGCUCAUGGAUGCUGUAUUUUGUGCAUGUGAUAUAUGGCCUCCUAGACAAGCUGCCGCCAUCCAAGCGUGGUCUGGUUUCUUAAGCGGUGCUCUGGCUGGUUACAAGCUUUGGAUCAAGUUUUCAAACUAG